UACUAUCUCAAUGGCUGAUAAGUAUCAGGAUCUACCUGACAUUGACCACGAGUCUCAGGACGUAUUUGAAUCCUCAGAUAUAGAAAGUGAUCUAGAUAUCUCGGCUUCUCAAACAACUGUUCAAAAUGAAGAAGAUUCUGAUAUCGACCAAUCGACAUUUUCAAGUAAAGACGCGAAGAAAAGGUUUGCCAAUGACCAUUUAGUUGGCGAGGUCGAUAUUGUCAAUUUUCUGGGUGAUAUAAGCAAAAAAAGUCUCUUCAAGAAUGGGUAUAAAGUUACAGCCAUUGAUGAAACGAUAGAACAGAAAUUGGCCCGCAUAAAAAGGGAAUUGGAAGAGAUCCAAUUGAUUAAGAGCAAGGAAGAGGUAGAGCAAAGUGAUCAAGAACCUAGUGAAAUCGACAAUUUGGUCUCCUUACUCGAGGAACUCAGUGUAUCCGAUAGAAAACACGAGGAAAUAAAUUAUUAUAAUCAAAGAAUUAAAGAAAUUUUCAGUAAUAUAAAAGUAGAUACUAGUGAAGAGCAAAGGAACUCAAAGACAGACCCAGUUGAAAGUUCAAGUGCAAACAUAUUGCUAUUAGAAUCCAAGCUAAAUACUAUAGAGAAUUUAUUGGGGUCUGAAAGUUUGCAACAAUUACAGAAUUCGAUUCAUAAACCAAGGAAUAAAACCAUUCAAAAUCACUUAAAUGAUUUGACUAGAAAAAUCAAUAUUAUUUAUAAUCCUGAAUUUCAACUUAAUAAAAUCAAGCAGGAAAUACGUGACUUGAAUAAAGAAACCGAAAGAUUGGCCACCAAUAGAAAGUUAGCAUUAAUAACAAGUAAAAGUAACAAUAAAUAUGAUCAGAUUCAACAAACACAACAAAGUCGAAGCACUUUUGAACAAAAAGUCAAUAGUCUUUAUGAUAGAAUAGAUGAAUUUGAUAACGUUAAUGCCAUUUUACCUUCUUUACUCGCAAGACUCAAAUCUCUACAUAAAAUUCAUGCUGAUAUAGGCCAAACGGUUAGCACUGUUAAUGGCAUUGAUCAAGUAUUGGAAAGUAUGAAAAUGGAUAUGUCUAAAUGGAACGAGUCCCUUGAUAAAGUGAACCAAGAUUUAGACAAUCGUCGUUCCAUUUUCGAAAUCAAUAAAAAGGAAAUAGAAGACCGUUUAAAUCAAGUAUCAAAUAAAGUGGAUCUCUUGAACAAGACAUCUUGAUCCAUAUACUCAACUAGCCAUCGACUCAACCAGUAUACAGGGUAAAUUAAGUAGCUAUUUAAUCAAUCAAGUAACUUAAUCCAC